AUGGAGGCAUUCAUCAAUGAGAUGGUGGAACCGCGCGUCUUCGAUCUGAUCGUGCUGAUACUGCCGAAAUGGAGGCUGCUGCUGUACAUCUACCUAAUGAAUAUAGUAAUCUUUACGCCGGUGUACGUGUUCGGUGCGCUCGUCAGCAACGAGCCAGAACUGGAGCUCAUCUGUCCGCCGGUAAUGCUGCUCGGCUUCAAUCUCGUGCACCGGGCGGUGUUUCGGUUUAGCAACGAGCGGAACACCCGCACCCUGCUGCUCGGCAUCGCCACCCUCAGCGUCGGAAUCUCAGCGAGCGGUUUGGUCGCCAUGUUGUGUACGCCCCACUAUCUGCUGAUGGUGCUGCUGUACAGUGUCGUUGGAGGUUUCGGCUACCAGCUGGUAUUCUCGCGCACGUGGAAGAUACUGGCGAAGAUUUUUAACGCCCGAAAGGAGAUGUUUGUGAUCAAGUUUUUGCACUCGUGCGGUCAGGCCACUAGCCUUCUGGUGUUGCUGGUCUGCUUUCAGGUGCCGUGGGACGGUUACAUCUACGGCGUGCUGCUGUUACUGCUGGCCGGCGUUGUGCUACAUCUCGUACCGCUGACGAUACUGGUGGCGGGCGAGAAGGGCCGACUGCGCAGCGAUCUCGAUGUGCUGGUGCAACUCACCGAGAAGGGCAACGAGUCGUACUAUGCGCACGUUGCGACCAGAGCGAUGCCAGACGUGAAGCCGGAGCUUCCCGCCACAAACCCAGCAGUACGCGACCCGGACACAUCGACACCACCGCUGACGUGGAAGAAUCCAGCCAGUUUCAGUGCAACCCUCCACCACAUCAAUGGAGAUUCGGCGAAUGGAGGCGCACACCACUCGCAACCGCGGGACUACGCUUACAGGGAGUGCGAGGAGGCGCUUCUGAACCGGCAGGAGGGCAAGUGCUACAAUCAAGACGGUGUUGAAAUUCUCGAGAUGAUACUGGAGGAAGAUGAAACCGUGCCGGAUGCGGGUGAAGAAACAGACACCGGGACAGACCCGGACAGCUGCUCGGUGGCAACACAGCCCGGUGCGACCGGCAAAUGGCGCUGGUUAGGCCAGCUGUGCGGGGCGAUCGUUGGCGCGUCCCGUGCGUUAGAUCUCAAUUUUCGCCCAAGCGUCAAUGUGCGGCUCGCGACAGCAACGCGCAGUGCGCUCGGCGACUGGCGGUGUUGCAGCUGCGCGCUCCUCAAGGCGACCGACACCAGCAUCUUUGUGCUGUUUCUGUGCAUACUGCCGCGGUUGAACGUGCACUACUACCAGCAGCAGACCCGGGCCCGCCACAUGACCCUGCUGGCGGUGGUCGUAAUAUCGUCGGCCUGGGCCGGUGCUUCCUUUCUGCUGCUCUGCUGCGAGCUGCGGUUCCGCAAGCUGCACGAGCGUCUGCUCGUGUUCGGGCUGUUCUUCCAGGCGUUUGGGUACUUCUGCGUGUACACCAUCCGGUCGAACUUUUGGACGUUUGCCGGUUGCAUGCUGAUCGGUGUCGGCCACUCGAUCGCCUGCGCGUACCAGGAAGCCGUCAUCAAGCAACAGCUCGGCCAGCAUCGUUGGACGACCGCCAAGGCGGGCAUCGGUCUGCUCGCCGGUGUGACCGUGCUCGUGCUGGGUGCGGUCGCCAACGUGUUCUACGUGUACGGUCCCAUCGAUCAACUGCUGCUGACGUUGCUGCUCAUCUACAGUGCUGCCGGUGCCUUCUGGAUCGCUUGCAGCUGUCGGAUAUUAUUCAUCUAG